AAAUAAUACUGUAGUUAAUUGAGUUACCAAUGAUUUUAAAAUCACCUCAAAAAGGAUCACAAUUAUAUGUUCAAUGACUUCAAGUAUAAUAAAUUUAUUAUUAAUUAUAAGAUAUUAGUUUGUAGUUUCAGUGAUUAACAUUUAAUGUUAAAAUUUAUAUAAAUUUGAAGUGUUUUUUGGGGGAUAAAAAUCUCGUUUCAAUUACUUUAUUGAAUUUAAUGAUCGUAUGAUUACAUACUGUAUAUGUUGUAUAUAUCACCGCUAAUGACAUUGUUGUGAAAACCGGAACCAAUGGAUUCAAAUACAACACAGAUGCCAAAUAAGCCUAAAAAGGAUAAAGUUGUCGUCAAAAACAACACCAUAACCACCACUACUACUACUACUACCACUACAACCAACAACAACAACAAUAAUAACAAUAGAGACCAAAACCAGAAGGAAAAUAACGACAACACCAACGAUGAGGUUGAGAUGAAGAAUAAUAAUAGUUAUGUGAAUGAAACCAAUUUGAAGGUCUGUCCCAAUAGUCUGAACACAAGUCAGGUCAACAGCCAAAAACCGAAAGGAUAUUCGGGUGUUUCGCCGACAUUGAAGACCGCGCGCCGACAGUCAUCGUCCAGGUUUAACAUCAGCCAGAAUCGUGAACUACAGAAACUACCGGCGCUUAAGGACGCCUCAGUCCAGGAACGGGAAGAACUGUUUAUUCAGAAACUAAAACAAUGCUGUGUUUUGUUUGAUUUUUUAACUGAUCCUUUAAGUGAUCUUAAAUGGAAGGAAGUUAAGAGGGCCGCUCUUCAUGAGCUCGUCGAGUAUAUUAUGACACAGAGGAAUGUGAUCACUGAAAACAUUUAUCCGGAAGUGGUAGCAAUGUUUUCAAUAAAUGUCUUCCGGACGCUUCCUCCGUCAUCCAACCCAAUGGGUGCUGAGUUUGAUCCCGAAGAGGAUGAGCCGACAUUGGAGGCCGCGUGGCCGCACUUGCAAUUGGUUUACGAGUUUUUUCUGCGAUUCUUGGAGUCACCAGAUUUCCAGCCAAAUCUUGCCAAACGACACAUCGAACAGAAGUUUGUUAUUCAGUUAUUGGAUUUGUUUGAUAGCGAAGAUCCGCGAGAACGAGAUCUUUUGAAAACAACAUUACAUCGAAUUUAUGGCAAAUUUUUGGGAUUGAGGGCAUAUAUUAGGAAACAAAUUAAUAAUAUAUUUUAUCGAUUUAUUUACGAAACGGAACGCCAUAACGGUGUGGCCGAACUGCUUGAAAUUCUAGGCAGUAUUAUAAAUGGGUUUGCAUUACCCCUUAAGGACGAACACAAAAAUUUUCUACUUAAAGUACUAAUGCCUUUACACAAAGUCAAGUCGUUAAGUGUAUAUCACCCACAACUGGCCUAUUGUGUCGUCCAAUUUCUCGAAAAAGAUCCGAGUCUUACAGAAAGAGUAAUCAUAAAUCUAUUAAAAUUCUGGCCAAAAGUUCACAGUCCUAAAGAAGUUAUGUUUUUAAACGAAUUGGAAGAGAUAUUGGAUGUGAUAGAACCGGCAGAGUUCCAGAAAGUGAUGUCACCAUUGUUUCGACAACUGACCAAAUGUGUGUCGUCUCCACACUUUCAAGUGGCUGAACGGGCCCUCUAUUACUGGAAUAAUGAGUACAUAAUGAGUUUGAUUACCGACAACGCUACUGUUAUUUUACCGAUUAUGUUUCCCGCGCUGUACCGCAACUCCAAGACUCACUGGAAUAAAACUAUUCACGGAUUAAUAUAUAAUGCAUUGAAAUUAUUUAUGGAAAUGAAUCAAAGAUUAUUUGAUGAAUGCGUUCAAAAUUAUAAACACGAGAGACAAAUUGAAAAAACUAAAUUGAAGGAUCGAGACGAGGCUUGGAUUAAACUCAAUACAUUAGCUCAAAGUAAUCCUAAUUUUAUUGAAUUGAGACAAAGAGGGGGACAAAUCAAUCUUAAUCUGAAUUACGCAAUGAAUUUGCAAAAUGAUAUCCUUUCGCCUAAUGAUGACUACGAAGACAUUUCUUAUGAAAAGUUUGAAACUGAAGCUAAAGAAGCUAAAAAGAACUUAAAGAAAGAGAAACCAUUGUUAAGACGUAAAUCAGAGCUUUUCUCUCCCGAUCCACAACUUCUGACACAUAAAAGUCACGAUCAGUUUCUCGUUAUUCAAACUGAAGCCACCAAUAGUUGAGAUAAUAUUAAAAGUAAACAUCGAAAAUACAUUAAAUGCAUUUUUGUUAUUAAAUUAAAACAAUUUAUUUAUCAUUAUAUUUAAUGUUUAUGAUUUACCACUUUGUUAUAUAUAUAUUAUAUCUUAUAUAAUUUAUUGCCAUAAACAUGAGUUACAGAUAAAUAACUUGAGAUUUGCUGCUAUUAUUUUAAAGUUAUUUUAAUUAUUAUUUUCAAACCAAACAAAAAAUUAUACAUACGAAUUAUGUAUAAUGAGUGCCUAAUAUUUGUAAUUUAAUUGUAUUUAUUUUGUUGAUAUAUUUCAAAUACAU